AUGGCCCAUGAAGAGCUGGACGAAGAGAGCCUGAACGACUUGUACAGCUGGGUGGAUGGCAUCCCCCUCUCCCGCCCCAAGAAGAACAUCGCCCGCGACUUCAGCGAUGGAGUUUUGGUGGCCGAAGUGGUGAAGUUUUACUUUCCCAAAAUGGUGGAAAUGCACAACUACGCUCCAGCAAAUUCUACUCAACAGAAACUUUCCAACUGGCAACAUCUCAACAGGAAAGUGCUGAGCAAGCUGAACUUCUCCAUCCCGGAAGAUGUCGUCCGGAAGAUUGCCCAGUGCACCCCUGGGGUGGUGGAGCUUGUCCUGCUCCCACUGCGGCAGAAAAUAGAUGAGAAGCAAAAGCAGGUCAAGAUGUCAUCAAACUCCUAUCAGGAACUAGGAAUGCGCUCAAUGCUGGAAGAGAGCAACUAUUUGGAUACAGGCUACACUUCAAAGCCCAAACCCAACAGCACCGGGGUUUAUAUCCACAACUCACCUGGAUCUGAAAGGGAUGGUAAAGGGCACCAAAGCUACACGGUGCCACUGCAAACCGACGCCAACCUGCGCCUCCAUUUGGCCGAACGGGAGCAAGCCCUGCUGGCCUGCCAGGAGACGGUUCAGAUCCUACAGAUGAAGGUUCGCAGACUGGAGCAUCUCUUGCACCUGAAGAAUGUCAGGAUCGAUGACCUCACUCGGCGAUUGCAGCAGGCAGAGCAGAAGCGGAAAUGA